AUGGCUGUGGCCCUGGGCUGUGCAAUCCAGGCCUCCUUGAAUCAGGGCUCCACGCUUAAAGAGUACGAUACUGAGUGUGAAGUCUUCCGUCAGCGCUUCAGGCAGUUCCAAUACCAACAGGCAGCCGGGCCUCGUGAAGCUUUCAACAGCCUCUGGGAGCUUUGCUCUCAGUGGUUGAAGCCAACGAUCCAUUCUAAGGAAGAAAUCCUGGAGCUGCUAGUGUUGGAGCAAUUCCUGACUAUUCUGCCCUCAGAGAUAGAGACCUGGGAGGCCACCGUGGCAGAGGAGCAGAUCCCACAGGCAGGGCCACAGUACCCGAGGGAUGGUGAUGAUAGGGAAUGCCAGCCCUUUUCCGAGCCAGCUGCCCAGGUGAAUGAGAUGCAUGAUAAGUUAAAGCUUGAGAACCCCUGGCCCAGGCGCUACAGGUUUCUAUUUCUUCUCUUAGGUUUUGAUAUUGGUAGCGAAAAUGAAGAAAAUAUUUCCCAACAGAAGAAACUGGAGAAUGCGCAUCCAUUUAAUUUUACUUUUGAGGGUAAUGCUCUCCAUGCUCGAGUUUUACCAGAGAAGUAUAAACAAUUAGAAAAUAAACAGGAAAACCUCCCGUAUUUAUCAGAGCUUGUAGGUGAUCAGAACCACCCUCUAGGAGAAAAACCCUCAGGUUCCAACCUGGAAGAACAUCUUAUUCCUAAACCAAAUAAGAAAAAGAGUCCACGAGGGAAACCUCACCAAUGUUCUCAUUGUGGUAAACGUUUUCCUCAGAAGUCACAACUUACUGGGCACCAGAUUAUUCAUUCAGGAACAGAGCCUUAUCAUUGCCCUGAAUGUGGGAAAAGUGUCCUUCGUAGGUCAGACUUUUACAGACACCAACGACUUCACAUAGGGAAGAGGCCCCAUGAAUGCAGCAUAUGUAAAAAGCAAUUCACUCGGCGGUCACACCUUAUAGACCACCACAGAAUUCAUCUUGAAGGAGAAACCUAUAAAUGCCUUGAGUGUAGGAAAAGCUUUCACCAUCCAUCAAGUUUGAAAAGACACCUGAAAACUCAUACAGGUGAAAAACCUCAUAGAUGUGAUACUUGUGGGAAAAGUUUUAUUCGACCGGCAGCUCUUACUUUGCACCAGACAACUCACAGUGGAGAGAGACCUUUUAAGUGUAAUUACUGUGAGAAAACAUUUAGACGGAAACCAAACCUUGUUAUUCAUUUAAGAAUUCAUACAGGGGAGAAGCCAUACAAGUGUAGUUAUUGUUCUCAAAGCUUCAGACAGAGAACAGGCCUUAUUAUGCACCAAAUCACUCACUUGACAGAAUUGUUGAGGGAAACAGGUUCUACAGAAGUUAACAUUAAUUCAUAA